AGAGAGAGAGAGAGAGAGAGAGAGAGAGAGAGAGAGAGAGAGAGGAGAGACAGGUGUGCUCAGUCUGUAAUGAACUCAGUAUUAUAGGAUCACAGUAAGACAGACAUGGAUUAUGUCCGUUUUCAUUAGUAUUGACAUCAUUGCUUGUGUCUCAAUCUCAAAUAAGAACAAGACUGUUCACCAGCUUUUGGGACUGUUCCUCAAACUUCAGGACGCGGUUUCUGCAUCUUCAUUACCCAACCCGUCGUUAGCGGGAGGAGUCCCACCGGUGGACCUGAGGGACAGAUAGCAGUGUUUCACGAGUUCGGCGGAUCGUUUGACGACUCCAGGGGUCCGAGGUCCGCCGGGUGGGUGGUUAUUGGGGUCGUCGACUCCGUAACAGGCGAGCGACAUGCUCCCUCCUCGGAGAAUCACGGGCCGAGAGCGGAGAGCAUUUAACUGGCGGACCACCUCACCAUGGACCACGUGUGUAAGAGUUGCGUGUUGCAGUCGUCUGCGUUUUAUGUGGUUCACUCUGAUGGUCCUGACUGUCCUCUGCAUGGCGCUGCAGAUGCUGGGAGUGGUCCGACAGCCCAGGAGUUCCAAGGUUUUGAAACUUGUGAGUGAACAGCUGGUCAAGAUGCCUACAGAUAUCCAUAGACCCGUGAAACGCAUAGACUGGGAAAAUCUGGGAAACCUUUGGUCUGUCUCAGCAACCACUGUUGAGGAACCAGUCGACCAGCAUUAUUUCAUACAGAAAAUAGGCGAGAGCCUAAACCUUCAUUUAGAAGAGGAAAGGGACCAGGUCUUGAAGGUUACAAGAACAAAGCUCACCAGCAUUACCAAAGACGUUCCACCAAUAGAGCCGAACAAACUCUUGCUUGACCAAGAAGUGGAUAAACGAUUUCAGCACCAGCCAAUUAUCGACGAAAAUGACCCUGAAAUUCAAAAACCACCACACUCUGAUAACGAUACUGAUCAAUAUACAUUAAAAUCAGAAGCUGCCACGUGUCAACCCAAAAAACGCAUUGUCUUCCUCAAGACGCACAAGACUGCCAGCAGCACCAUAUUGAACAUUCUCUAUCGUUACGGGGACAGCCAUAACUUGACGUUUGCCUUGCCGCUGAACAUGCACAGCCAGUUAUUUUACCCAGCCUUCUUUGCAGCACAUUUUGUGGAGGGUGUCAGGACUCGCAGCGUGAAAGAGUUCCACAUCCUGUGCAAUCAUAUGAGAUUCAGCUCACAAGAGGUGAGGAAGUUGAUGCCUAAGGACACAUUCUACUUCUCCAUUCUUCGGAAUCCGGUGGCGAUGAUGGAAUCCCUGUUUGUUUACUACAAAGCGAUCCCGGCAUUCCGCGUCGUCAAAAGCCUCGAGGAGUUCCUGAACCAGGGUGGGCGGAGCUACAACACCUCCGUGCCUAACAACCACUAUGCACGUAACAUUUUGACCUUUGACUUCGGUCUGGAUAAUACAGCGCCAGUGAACGACACCGAUCUGGACAGGCGUAGCGCCGAGGUCAUCACUGCUGUGGAACGCGACUUUCCGCUGAUCCUCAUCUCGGAGUAUUUCGAUGAAUCACUGGUGCUUCUAAAGCACGCCCUCUGCUGGUCACUGGACGAUAUCUCGUCUUUCCGCCUCAACAGUCGCAGUGAACGCUCUCGGCGACCCUUAAAUGCAGAGACCGCAGAGCGGGUAAAACAGUGGAAUUCACUAGACUGGCGAUUGUACCAGCACUUUAAUGCCACUUUCUGGAAACGCAUUGACUCCACACUCGGACGGACGCAACUCCGACGGGAAGUAGAGCUUCUGAGGGCGAAGAGGACGAAGCUUGAGCAAAUGUGUUUACAGGAAGGAGGGGCGGUUGAUCCUGUGCAGGUCAAGGAUUCGUCAUUAAAGCCGUUUCAAUAUGGUGCAGCAGUUAUUCAAGGUUAUAACCUCCGACUGGGGUUGAAUAAUGACACUUUUGGGCUUUGUCAGAGGUUGAUUACGCCUGAACUGCAAUACACAUCAGCCUUGUACACCAAACAGUUCCCUCAGCUGGCGGCCGCACGUGCCGCUGUCGCAAAAAAGAUUGCGGCCUCCAGAAACAUUGCAACGCACAGAGCUGUUAAACGCAAUAUUGAGACAUACGUGCGCAUAGCAGUGACAAACAAUACCUCACAUAACAAUACAAAUACAGCCAUUGGGGAUGAACAUGGCUUAGACGUUUUGCGUAAUUCUGUUGUUCGUAGUGAGCGACAAGGCAGUUUUGAAGUACACAGCGUAACCAAACGUCAUAGAAAAGGAGACUCGGAUAAACGCACUACGCAAAAACCCGUAAUGAACUCAAACAUACAUAAGGAACCGCACUAAUCUGCUUUGUUGAGAUGAAUUACUUGAUGAGAAUUCAGAACAGAAUUAGUUAACUCAAAGGAGCAGUCAGAAAUGAGCGGAGAUUUCCCAGGCAAAAAAAAGUCUGUUGUCUAUGGUUAUUAGUGCAGCGACACCUGAAGCACGGCUUAAACCGAGCAGCUUUCUGUCCAUCAACCUGGAUGAAUUCUGUGUUUUCGGCCUCACUGAUUCCAGUCCUGAUCACGUAGAUUCCAGUUGACUGGAUUUAAAUGACGCAAACGUUCUCAGAGGAACGGUCAGUGCCAUCCCAGACAUGGGGCCCAGUUUGGCGGCCCAGUGCGAGAUAGAGGAAGCGGCCAUAGGCCCUAAAGCAUGAGGCCCGGUGCAGUCGCACUGGUUUCUCCUCUCUAAUGGUAACCGUAAUGUGGCCACGCAUUACAAAAAGAUCAGUUUAGUCCAGGGCUUUAAUGAAAAAUCCAACUCUUUUGACAAAUUGAUCAAAAAUACAAGUUUGAAAAAAAUGUUCAUUGACUUGAAUCAACAUCUGAAUCGCUUUCUACUUUAAGUUAUUAUUACUUUCAGUGAUGUCUGUAUUGAAAUCAAGCUAGUAUCGUUAAUGGCUGAUUUUCCACAUGACAAUGUCUUUUUGAAUAAAUGAAAAACUUGCAAUGUUUGUAUUGAUUAAUAUAUUGUUUCUGCCUAUAAAUUACAUCCAUUGAUGUAUUUAUGCUUUGUCCUCCAGCAAAACCAUACCUGAAACUUGAUCAUUUUGGUUGUUAUAAUAGUACGGGAUAUGAUUAUAUGCUGUGAGACAAUAAUAAUUGAGUGUGAUUCACUGUCUUAGAUGACAAAGUAAGUCUUGUUUCACUUGACUGCACUUUCUGUUCUGAUAAGAAUCAACUCUUUUUUUUUUUUUUUUUUUUGGUUGGAAAUUAGUUUCCAUUUUAGCCUGGUUUAUAGAGCCUUUUCAGCUGUUUUAUGUGUUUUGGGAAAUGCAAAACUUUCUGUACCACACUGGCUAAAUAUGACUUUGCUAGUUCUCUAAAACCAAAGGUUCAGAUUUCCACUAUGAGUCAGAAGAUUAUAUAAGAUGGAUAAAGUUGGCCUUUUGCAAAAGUAUAAAUCCAGUUCAACUAGGUUUUUGUUACAGCACUAAUUUGAAAUUGAACUGAGACAACACUGUUGUAAAUAACUUGGAAUAUAUACAUAAUCUUUCUAAAUCCAGCUAUUUAUUUUUGUACCAUGUGGCUUUUCAAAUUGAUUUGUUGUUAAAUAUGGAAAUAUGUCUCUGGCAAUUUCAGACGCAUGAAUCAGAGCCUAAUACAAAAUACAUUGAACAAAUUUCUCUUAUUUUUUGGUGCUUUCUGAACCAUCUUAGAAAUACAGCGGCCUCUAAAUGUAUUUUGACACCAAGGACACAAACUUAAAAAUGCAUGAGUUUGUCAGUGCUGUGGCAUAUUGUGCACAUGCUGUCGGCUUUGAGUCUGACCCGAAUCAUGUGCUGAUCCUAUUUUCCCUGUCUAUCACUUUCCAGUCUGCAUUUUACUGUUAAGACAAAACCCCCAAAAAUAAGCUAAAUGUAUGAGCUUCAUUGUAUCAAAUCUGCAAACAAAUUAUGUUAGAACUUUUCUCAGAAGAAUUAGCUGGUGUUAAUCAGUUUAAAGAUUUUUUUUUUUUUUUUUUUUUUUUCGCUGUGAUGCCAUAGAAGAACCAUUCCGGUUUCCCAAAGAACAAACCGUUCUCAAAAUAAAUGUAUUUUUUC